AAUACAAAAUCCGAAUAGCUUCAUAAAACAGACAAACAUGUAUUGGUUUUGUCACAUUUUCUUUCUGAAAUGUAUUUGAUUAUGGAUUUUCAAGUUUUCAUACAUCACCUCUUAUAAAAUUAGUUUAUGAAUUCAUAUUGCACAACUUUAUUCCACAUUUAUUAUUUUACGCAAGUGAUACAGAGGUUAAAAAAAACAAAAACAAAAACCUUAUACAUAAAGUAGUUUUAAACAUUCUGCACGGUGUUUUUUCACAAGAUCAAUUUCCUCAUGUUUCUGGCUGCAAAAGGAAAAAGCUGCAUUUUGUUUUCCUCUAUUGCAACUGGUUUGACCAAGGACCUGUCACACUGGUUGCUCAUUUUGUAUCACACUAAGAGACACUUGUUAUUUAAAAAAAUUGACUUACACUUUUUUUUUAUCCUUUUCAACAAUAAAAUUAAGCUCUAAAGGGAGUGAUAUUUUAGAAAGUCAGGAUGAAGAAAUAUGAGCUUGAAUUUGAGCAUCAAGGUUUCAAGGAGGUAAUUUCAACUUGUUUUUAUUUAUUUAUUUAUUUUUAAUUAUUCGUUUGUGAGGCAAUGUGUAUUUUUGUCUGUCAGAAGUGAGAUUCUGUGAGUUCUUUAAUAUUUUAAAAUUUAUUUUAGUUUUCGGUAAACAGACGAUCUUACCGCGUCAUCGCUGUUUUGCAUAUCCGGUUUGUGUGACUCACAUCAUGGCUAUCUGGAGACGAGGCCAGCCGACCUUCGCUGCAUAGAUGCUCCUUCUGCUGGAUUAAGACGUAAAACAAGAACAGAAAACAGCUGAUCAUCAAUAAUGGACGGGUUUGCGGGGGACAUGCUGGGCAGUGGCCGGGCCGUGCUUGGUGAGGACAGCUCGGUGAUGGCUCGCAUGCAGAAGAAGUUCUGGAAGACCAAGCAAGUCCUCAUCAAAGCCACGGGCAAGAAGGAAGACGAGUACGUGGUGGCUUCAGAUGCUGACCUGGACGCUAAACUCGAGUUCUUCCGCUCCGUUCAGUCGACGUGCACAGAGCUACUGAAGGUGAUCGAGAAGUAUCAGCACAGGAUCACACGCUUGUCUCAGGAGGAGAACGAACUCGGCCUGUUUUUGCGCUUCCAGGCUGAACAUGAUCGCACAAAAGCUGGCAACAUGAUGGACGCCACCAGCAAAGCCCUCUGUACGUCGGCCAAGCAGAGGAUGGCACUUUGUCCGCCGCUGCAUCGUUUGCAUCAGGAGGUGGAGACGUUCCGGCGGCGUGCCAUUGCCGACACGCUGCUGACGGUGACUCGUAUGGAGAAGGCCCGCACCGAGUACAGAGGAGCUCUGCUCUGGAUGAAAGACGUCUCCCAAGAACUAGACCCAGACACCUACAAACAGCUGGAGAAGUUCCGCAAGGUCCAAGCCCAGGUCAGAGGGACAAAGAGUCAGUUUGAGAAACUGAAGAAUGAUGUGUGUCAGAAAGUGGACAUGCUGGGAGCGAGCCGCUGCAACAUGCUCUCCCAUUCCCUCUGUACCUACCAGACCACUCUGCUCCAGUUCUGGGAGAAAACGGCUCAUGCUAUGUCGGAAAUCCACGAGGCCUUCCAAGGACAUGUUCCGUACCAGUUUACCACACUCAAGGACCUGCGAGACCCACUGGAGCAAAUAUCAGACUCACAAAAACAGGAGGACAAGAGGGAGGAUGCUCUGCAGGGUAACACAGACAGUCUGGUGUCCUUGGAUGACGACAAGCCAUCAGGAAGUGCCUCUAAUGCAGACCCGCCCCUCAGCAGUGAUGGACAGAGCCAGACUGGAGUGCACCAAAGCGCUACCACGCCUACUCCAGCCCUGCACAGCCUCAGAGAACUGUCAGUCGGCUCUGAUGAUGACUUGAUGCUCAUAGCCUGCGACCCUCCGCUGCCCCCACCCACAACAAAUGCCCUGCUGCAGCCCCAGCCUUCCCUUCAAGCUGGAGAUCAGAAGGAGUCCAGGUCCUCCGGUGGGCCUCCACACCCUGCUGGGCUGAGACCAGAGGACGAGGACAGCGAGCGAAGCGACAUGGCUUUCCUCAAAGACCUACUCAGCCCAGGUUCCGGGGCCGGUGAUGAGUUCAGCAGAGAGUGGCAGGAUGCCUUCGGGAUGUUUGACCCUCCCAGCGUCCCCCUAGCGAGCACCGGAGCAGUUGGCGGUGGGGCAUCAGCAGGUCCACCCUCUAACCCUCCCAGUCCCACAGGCUUCCUGCCCUCCCAGCUGCUGGAUCACAGUCUGAGCUCUACAGGCUGGGCAACUCCACCUAUGUUCCAGGCUCCGCCCUUGCAGCCUCCUCCUGGUCCAAACCAGUCAGCUCAGCCGGCUCCGAGUUCAACAACUAAUGCUGCUCAAGGAGGAUCCAAAGACAUGUCUGCAUGGUUCAACCUGUUUGCAGACUUGGACCCCCUUUCCAACCCAGACGCCAUCGGACGCUCUGCGGAUGAGCUGCUCAACGCCUGAAGUGAGCAUCUUUGUCUGAUUCUACAGCCAAUAAAACAUUCACCAGCUAGUUACUCUGCCAAGGAAUGCGUCGGAGUUAUGUGACAAUCAGGUACGUUUGUCUGUCUGUCUGUGUUAGCAACAUUACUCAAAAACGGACAAAUGGUUUUCAGGAGCUUCUUCACUUAUUGGCAAUGUGGCCAAAGACCUGUACAUUUAUAACGAAGCAACAGAAAAAAUUAUUUGGAACAUACACUACCGUUCAAAAGUUUGGGGUCAUCCGGACAAAUUCACAUUUUCCAUGAAAACUUUUGUUCAUGUGCUAACGUAACUGCACAAGGGUUUUCUAAUCAUCAAUUAAUCUAGAAUCCUCAAGACUGAUGGUGGCAUUACUUGCAUGUGCUGCUGCUCUGUCAGUGUCACUGACACAAACCUUACUCAUUUUUUCUCAAUGUAGAUGUUCCAUUCAAAAUUUCCAGCUAGAAUAGUCAUUUACCACAUUAACAAUGUCUAGACUGGAUUUCUGAUUCAUUUAAUGUUAUCUUCACUGAAAAAAACUGCUUUUCUUUCAAAAAUAAGGACAUUUCUAAGUGACCCCACACUUUUGAACGGUAAUGAAGUUCCAGUGAAGCUUGUAGAAUUGUAGAUUAAAAUGGAGGUAUUGAGCUCGUACUAGCCCAUCUACCAUCUUCAGUGUAGUAUUUGGGCUCGCUGGCCACUCCAUGUUCAGGCCCCGGCCAGCCAGAGGCAGCCCGUCCACACUGAGGACAGGCGACCCCUUCUGGAUGCAUUUCACAACAACACAAGCUGAGCAAGACAGAAGGAAAAUCAGCAUCAGAGUGACAGUGAGGGAAAGAAAAGGGAGGGAAAGAGCUAGGAGAAGAAGUGAUAGUGGUGGAGUAAAAAAAGGCUGGUGCUUGGGAAGGAGGGGGCAAGCAGACACAGGUUGAACACGCUGCACACAUCAUAGCCCUGGCCUGUGUUUCCCUUAGAUACACACCGCCUGGCAGGUACCAGAUCACUGCUACCAGUUAGAGUAACGAAGGCAUCAGCUUGAACAAGUUUACAGUCAGCAUUCAUGACAAACAGCUAGUAAAAACAUCAAACAGAUGUCUGGAGGUGGUCUGAAUACAUGCUUAGUUGAAUUUUUUCUUGCCUGGCCUUGCCUUUCUAGUAUGUACCUAUUGCCACCAUAGUGCAAAGACCAUAAUAUGCGUCAUGGCAACGGUCAGACAUGAUCAGAGCACUAUGGCGGUUUAGGGAAACUGAGCGGUCUAAAAUAUCAGGCACAUUUUUAACUGCUCCUUUUCACGACCCUUCAAGUUUUGCUACGAUAUAUUUGGCAGCACCAAAAUUAGCCUCCGUGGUCAAUCUCGUGGUCGCCAAGGAAACCAGCAGCCUUUUUUUUUGUUGUCAUCAUAAUGGAAGGCAUAUUUUAUAUCAAGAUAAAUAACUACAGAUAGAAAAAGAGAUGUCCGUGGAAAGGCGCCAUGGUAUAAUACGAUGAAAUAAAAGAGUCAAGUCCUUUCGCCCUUUUUCCUCCCAAAAAACAUGAACGUAAACCAGCACUAAAGUUAGAAGAAAGCGAUGAAAUGUUAGCUGCUAACACCUGCUCAGGGCUGCAGGACUCUCACGUUGUAAUCGUCUGAGGAGGAGAGGCAGUGGGAAGCGCUUUUUGAAGAAGAUAAGGACAUCAGAGAGAGCUGAGCUGGCAUGCUGAAGGCAUUUUUUUUAAUUUUUUUUAUUUUGGAGCAAAAACGGUUGUUUCCUCAAAUGCUUUCUGAUUUCGUUGGUUGUUUUUGGGGACUGAGGGGGGCAUGUUAGUUGAUAUAAAGGCCACGGGGGCCAUCAGAAGCUCUCCGGCUCCUCCAAGAGGCAGGGUUGGGUGGACAGAGGCACGAGGGACGGGGACAGGCUUCGGAGGCCCACCCCGGGGCGAAAGUUGAGGUCCGGGGCAGGGAGUAAGGGCUUGAGGAUGCUGACGAGGCAGAAGGCAGAGCCACUGUUGGGGAUGAAGUUGACCUUGUUGCGGUCGGGACACAGGAAGGGAGGGAUCUCCUGCAGAGGUUUGGGCCUGGAAACACAAGCAGAGACACAGUUAGCCUUCAUGAGAAAUCCUCUUUGUCACACUUUGGCAUGAAAAUGUUUACCAAGUCCUUUGUGGUAGCUGUCAACACAUUCCAUAGAAAGACAAAUGAUGAUACUCCGUCUGUGGCUCUCAGAUUCAAGCUCAAUGGUUCAUACGGAACAUGUUGCUAAUAUCUAGUUUAAUCACAAAGUUUUGACUUCAAGUACUUUAUUUGAGUGUGCAUUCAUUGACUUUUUUGGUGUUAGUUGCCGCACAAGACACAGAACAUCAUCAUUAAUUAGGAGUAGUGAUAGUUCAUGUCCACCUAAGUACCAUAUUUUUCGGAAUCAGCUUAGUUUUUCAUCUCCACUUUAGCUCUUUGGUGGCUGAAGUUCUCCUAUGCUCACCAACCCGUCUCUAACCUAGUGUGUUUACAUUCACAAAACUAAAUUAUCAUAUUUACAGUUGUGUGAGCAAAGGCUUAAAUACACUUAUAAAGACUAUGUCUGUGAUGGUAGCCUUGAGGUUCCAAUGAUGGAAUGAUUUCCAUGUGUGUUUGUCACAAAAACUACCACGCAUUUUGGUUCUUUCAUAGAUUUAUUAUAUGUCUUCUGGAAAUAUGACAAAAUCUGCUGGGUCAAAAAUAUACAUAUACAGGGUUUCUGCAGGGCAUUAAAAAGCAUAAGUAGUCAUGAAGUUAGUUUUGCAAAAAUUAAGGCCUUAAAUGGCAUUAAAAAUCAUUAAAUUUGAGUCUCAGUGGCAUUAAAAAUUCUUUCUGCAGUUUUCAAGAAAAUGUUGGACAAUAAUAAUAUAAUAAUAUAUAAUUAUAGACUGCGAUUUGUCAGAUAUGUGAAUCUGUCUAAACAUGUUGACACAUUGUGAUAAUUGUUCCGGCCGGUCGGGUUCUAUUGCCAAAAACUGGAUGUUUGUAAAGUGGCCGACAGGCUGGACCAGGUGGAGGAGAGCUGGGAAAUGGGGAAAUGCAAAUUCCAGCAAAAAUGGCUGGAAAACAUGGAAUUCAGAGAAUGACUGCAGCGUGGGUGGUCAGGAGUGGUUUCUGGAUUCAGAAAUAGUGAAAUGUAGGGACAGUUUUCAUAUGAAAAUCUUUUACAAAAAAAAACCAAACCCAUGUAAUUUGUUGUAUUUACGGUCGUGGCAUUAAAAUUUUUACAGUCUAGCAUGAAAAUGGUAUUAAAAAGCAUUAAAUUGGACUGGCUGAUUUCUGCAGAAACCCUGAUACAGCAUUUGGACUCAUUAGUUCUGGUGCUGAAGACAGUUGUGACUACUACUACUACUAUUACUAAAGACUUCUCUGAGCCAAUAUAAACAGCGACCAAGUGAACACUCAUUAGACUCAGAUUUUCUCACUGUAGCAUUUGUGGCUAAGGAGCUUAGCACAGAUUUGAAUAAGUUAAUCAUUGACUUGAACAAGUCAGGAAAGUGACUUGGAGAGUUGUCAGAAAGCCAACAAAUUUACUGCACCAAUUAUGUCAAGAAGAGUGGUGAAAGAUUCAGCCAGAAGCUUGUGGACGGCUAACAAAAGUGCCAAAAUGAGGUCAAAAGGACCAAAGGACAUUUAGAUUCUGUCAUAUUUCCAGAAGACCUAUAAUAUGUAUAAAAUGUGACAAAGACACAUAUUUCAACCGUUCUACUCACAUGGACUCCUCGAUCACUUUGACCUUCUCGCAGCCCUCUGGAGGUUCUCUCUUGAACAUGUAGCUGUUGUUGGGUCUGGGAGAGGCGGCGUAUUUAGGCAGCGGGGAGCAGGGGCCCAGCUCUGUGGAGGGACAGGGUGGGUGGGAGGUUAGCAACACAUCAGGCCGUAUGUCUGGUAUGAUACUACGCGUGCACGUCCGUCACCUUUGUCCUCGUAGGGGCUGCCUCCACCCGUGUCAUUGAGGACAGUGAGGUAGGAGGGUGAGAUGGAGUCGGGACGGCUACUGCAGUUGCUAUGGUUACUACUCAGGCCGCCCCCUGAGGGAGUUUGUGUGUCGAUGCUGCGGGUACUGCUGCUGCGCUGUGGGGGGACGGGUGGGGGUGCACGGUGUCCAUCUGGGACAUCCUGUGGCUGUCGCGCACACACACACACACACACACACACACACACACACACACACACACACACACAAAUGAGGUCAGGAAAACACUGCUGCCUUAAUCCCCAAUCUCUCUAAAAAAAAAAACAAAAAACCCUUGAAUGUUAAUUGAGCGCAACACAAAGCAAAACAGCCAACAACACAUUUAGUCUCUCGUUCGGUUCGACUCACAACGAUGGUCUCGUCCUUCUCGGGGGUGUCUCGGAUGAUGAUGCGUUCGAUCUCCUGGUUGAGGCCCUCCACGCUGUUGCGGAACCGAGGGGCCGACGACUUGGAUAUAGGGAUGGGGAUCAGGAUGGUCUUGGGCAUAGGCGACUGCAAAAACAGGCAGAACGCAAACAAAUUUGCAUUUAAUAUAGAUUCUGUUCCUGGAUGUUGCGCUUUGACUUGGAUUUAGUUGCAGCGGCACUUAGAAAAUCAGCGUAAAUAUCCACAAGUCUUUGAGUCAUUCAGUCAAAAUACAGGCAAAAAAUAGUAUUUCUUCUGCAGCUUUGACGCCAUUAUUCUAGCACUCAUAUCAUUUACAUUGUGAGAUGUUGCUGCUGCCUGUAAAACUAAGAACUGCACAACAUCUGGAUUAUAAAAUGGCACAUCAGUAUGUAAAUGUCAAUCAUGGAUCAACCUAAAAUUCUGCCGUAUUGAAAUGAUUUCUGCAUCCCGUAGCAGAGGAGGCAUGUAAAUAACUUAAGUAGAGAAAGCUGCUGAGGUUAUACACUGAACACAACCAAAUGGAUUAAAUAAAGCCUCCCUCCUCCAUGUGUCAAAGUGUCCUUGGGCAAGACACUGAACCCCGAGCACCAUGCAUGUGUGUGAAUAUGUGUGAAAAACACACUGUAAAGUGCUUUGCAGAUCCCAGCUGGGGUUAUAAAGGUACUAUAUAAGUGUGUCCAUUUAUUUAACAUUGUACAGAUUAUUAAUAUGUAUUUCUGCACCAGUGCUUUGCCCACCAGUAAUCAGAAAUAAAAAUUCUAUCACAGAGACAGACUUUGACAAGCAAAAACUGAAGUGACACACCUCUCUCUGACAUUAAUUUGCAUAUGGAAGUGAGUUUCUGCUAGCUGAGGGUUCUUUACAGCCGUGAAUGAACAUGUCAAAGGCUUUGUGAGCGUAGUUGCAUGAUCCUUUUCUUUGUCUAACGAGAAGGUCCAGAAAGAAGGACAGCUGCGCUCCAGCAGACUCCACAGGGAGCGUAUUACCAGCCCUGCUACACCAUCACAUACGGCAGCAUGACGGCAGAGAAAGAGCCCAGUUUAACUGUCUUUGCAUACACCCCAUCUCACAUUUCAAACUAUCUGGAGACACACACGCCAGCGCUAAACAAGGACACAAGGAAAAGUGGGACGUCUUCGAAACUCUCCAGAUCGGGGACCCAACCUAGUUCCUCUCAGACACACACUCCCUCGUCUCUAUUGAUCACCUGCGACUGGAUGAUGGUGUGGCUGCCAUUGAACGGCGACUUGCGCUCUUUAUCUCUCCGAUGGCGGCUGCUGCGUUUGCUGCGCUGAAGCUGCUGCCGCAAUUUGGCAAUCUGGAGGUGAUACACGGAUAUAUGCAGACGUUAAAAGUAACGGUGGAGCAAAUAGUGAAAAUUGCCUCACAAUGCUGCUGAUUUAGGCGCAAAAUCAGGAAAGAAACGGACCUCCUUGAGCUGGUCGGUGCUCCCACAGGAGGCCGAGCGUUUGUGAGAGCCCCUCCUCCUCUCAUCUGCCCAGGCCCUGGGGGUCUGACACACACAAAAAUACAUAAUCAUUGUCUUAAUUGUUUUUAUAUACUUAUACUAUACAUUUUACAUUGUCUGAAUUGGUGUGCUGUCUUGGCCAGGUCUCCCUCGGAAAAGAGAUUUUUAAUCUUAAGGGAAUUCCUGGUAAAAUAAAGGUUAAAUAAAAUAAAAAUAAAAGAGGAAAUGCAGGCACAACAGGUUUUUCAGCACCAAGAAAAUCAAGAAUAGAGAAUAAAAAUGCUAAUUAAUUUUCUUAAUCCUCGUGUUGUCCUGCGGGUCAAAAUUGACCCGUUUUCAAGUUUGAAAAUGUGGAGAAAAAAAAAUAUUUUCACAAUGAAACUUCUGAUGUCCACAUUUUCAACAUUUUUGGGAAAUCUUUGAACAUUUUUUGGUGGAAAAAAAAUGUUAAAAAUGUUUCUUAAGAACAUUCACAAAAAAAUCGACCAAAAUCCAGCGAAUUUUGCUGGAUUUUGGUUUUACUGAUAUAUAUAUAUGUAGUUACUUUAGAUAUUUUUAGGUUUUUUUGGAAGAUUUUUACCCAUUUUUUAAAAAAUAUUUACAAGAAUUUUCUUGCCAAAUUUGGGGGAUUUUUUAUUUAUUUUUUUUAAAUAAAACUUUUAAGGGAAACUUUUAAGGAAUAAUUGGAAUUUUCUUCCUGAAGGUUUUGCAAAUUUUCAGAAAUUUGGGGAAUUUUUUUGCAGAAUUUGCAAAAUUGCAAAAGGAAACAAUAUUUUUUGGUCCCCGUAAAUGGAGACAGCAGGAGGGUUAAACACACAGUAUGGUCACUCACCUGCGUCGCUUUGUCCCUCAUGUAGGGAAUGUGUUGUUGCUGGCUGUCGUCCUGAGGCCAGGGACCUGUCAGGUGAGAGCCAGCGAGCGUGCCCUGUGAGGGCCACAGCUGGACGCGAUGGCGGGAGACCGAGAGGAGAAUGAGGAGCUGAGUGCUCAGAGGGGGGAGAGGGGGAUGCUGGAGGACGUGGAGGGGAACCACACAGAGAUGUGGGAGGUUAAGGCCACAGAGGCGGUCUGAGGGGGAAACAGAGAGAGAGAGAGGUUGUUUGUCAACACAAAGUAAACAUGUCAACAAAUCAACAGACACACAGCUGGCCUGCAGGAUAAGCUCAUGGCUGCCUUCCUCUGUCUGUCUAGGUUUGCGGGUGUUUACAUUAGAGUGUGUGUCUCGUCAGAUUGAUGGUAAUCCGUCCCGUGCUGGUCAGAGCGGAUAUAGCCCCAGCUAAGUCUCCCACAGACCCCUGUUAAUGGCAUUAAAACAGCUUACAGCAGAGGGGAGUGAGGGCAGGUAGCUGCUGCCCAACUGACCCUGAUUCAGAGCUGCAUGUUUUGCACCGGUCCUCUGAUACUGGUGGGUCUUUGUAUGGCACCAGCCAACAAAUUUUAACAUCAAUUUCAGAUUUACAUAACUAAGAAAAUCAUUUUGAAGUUAAUAAAUCAUGAAAACAAUUGCUGACGACUUCCUAUGUAAAGCUAAACUGCUUUUAACCCUCCUGUUGUCUUCAUUUACAGGCACCAAAAAAUAUUGUUUCCUUGUCUGAAAAAAAUCCAAAAAUUCAGCAAAAAAAUCCCCAAAUUUCUGAAAAUUUGCAAAACCUUCAGGAAGAAAAUUCCAAUAAUUCCAUAAAAGCGUCCCUUAAAAGUUUUAUUUAAAAAAAAAAAUUCCCCAAAUUUGACAAAAAAAUUCUAAAUAUUUUCAAAAAAUGAGUAAAAAUCUUCCAAAAUGAAAUGAAAAAACAUAUUUAUACUGUAAAGAUAACUCUGAUCAGAGGUUGUUAAUCAUUAUUCUUCUUACUUUAUGUCCCAAAGAAAUCUGUAAUUCACAAUGAGGAUGAAUUUUUUUCACCAUAGUGUGCAAUAAGUUCUAUUUAUUUGUCAAAUUUGUCAACUGAGGGUUUUAUAGAUGCUCAUCUGUCAUGCCAGUGGACCAGACAAGGCAAUACAUGAACAGACAAGAGACUCAGCUCUGAUGCAGCUUGCAGGAUGAAUCCAUCAAUUGUGGUUUUUUUUUUUUGUUGUUUGUUUUUUUUUUUUAUAGCAUUUUACGCUCCAAAUGGAUCCUGAAUGCAACAUUUAUCUGCACAUAAAAACACGCAGCAUUGACUGGCAGCGUGGGUCCUGGAGUUAAAUUUGGCAGGGGCCUUGACCAGCGCACAUCGCUGUUGCUAGGGAACGGGGGGCUGACUGAUCUUCAUUAACACACAGCAGGAUUUGUGUGUGUUUGUGUGUGUGUGUGUGUGUGUGUGUGUGUGUGUGUGUGUGUGUGUGUGUGUGUGUGUGUGUGUGUGUGUGUGUGUGUGUGUAAAAGGUGGUUUCAGCAUCAGGGCUCCGCUGGGAAAAUGCUUAGCCUGCUUUAAUUUGACUGCUGCGACCCGUACAGGAGUUUGUAAGCUGACAGCACCGGCAGUAGUAGUGGCAGCACAAAUGGAGGUAUAAAAGCUCAACAUGGUUCUAGAUUAUUGGUUCUGACCUCUUUAGAGACAGAGAAGUGUGACAGAAAUUCAUAUAUCGCCAGAAAAAGAUGACCUUGUAUCAAGUGAUGGGUUUUAAUGAUCUGCUAUGGGUAAAAAUUGACAGUCCAAGCAAUAAAUGGGAUCUAAAUAUAAAAAUUCACAAUAUUCUAAAGCCAAAUUGACACGUGACUUGUCGAGCUGAUUCCUAAACACGCAGAGUAUUAAAACCACACAAUAUGCCGGCCUCAGGAGCAAAACAACACGAUUUUGCAGCGAUUUUACACACCCCUGAACGCCUCAUAACAUGCUCAAUGCCCUCUCUCUACCCAUGUGCAAUUAACCCUCCUGUUGUCCUCAUUUAUGGGCACCAAAAAAUAUUGUUUCCUUGUCUGAAAAAAAAUCCAAAAAUUCUGCAAAAAAAUUCCCCAAAUUUCUGAAAAUUUGCAAAACCUUCAGGAAGAAAAUUCCAAUAAUUCCUUAAAAAUUUCCCUUAAAAGUUUUAUUUUUAAAAAUCCCCCAAAUUUGGCAAGAAAAUUCUUGUAAAUAUUUUCAAAAAAUGAGUAAAAUUCUUCCAAAAAAUCCUAAAAAUAUCGAAAGUGAUUCCAUAUAUAUCAGUAAAACUUCUAAUAUUCUCUUGAGAACAUUCACCAUGAAAAUCAACCAAAAUCCAGCGAAAUUCGCUGGUUUUUGGUUGAUUUUUUUUUGGUGAAUGUUCUUAAGAAACAUUUUUAACAUUUCUUUUUUUCACCAAAAAAUGUUCAAAAAUUUCCCCAAAAUGUUGAAAAUGUGGACAUCAGAAGUGUCACUGUGAAAAUAUUUUUUCCCCCCACAUUUUUAAACUUUAAAACGGGUCAAUUUUGACCCGCAGGACAACAUGAGGGUUAACUAAAAUGUGCAAUAUGCUUCUGUUUAGCUAAGGUGCCCAUAUUUACAUAAAAUUUUAUCAAUAUGUGGCACUAUUUUUAGCCUUUGCAUCUGAAUACCAUGCAAUAAAAUCUAAAAACACUUCUUAGAACCACAGAUUUGUAAGCAAUCUCCUAUUUGGCGCUUGAACAAAAUGACUUAAGUGAGCGUCUGCCUGCAGUCUGUAUUCAAUGCUGCACAGUUUUGAUAAAUAAACCUCACUGCAUCAUCAUGUACAAUGCAGCUCAAUUCUUGGUUUGCACAUAUAUCACCCCCCUCCAUCCCAUCAUCACAACAUAGCACACUCCUCAGUGUGACUUACAGCAUCAUUCACAGUCAGUAUCCUGCGGUUAAAUGGAGAAAAACACGCUCACCUACAGAAAUGUGUUAUAGGUGCGCUGCAUGCGGAGGGGCAUGGAGCUCCUCAGCAGCCCAGCCCCUGGUGGUGCUCCAAGAUGCUAGCGAGGAGGACCGGGAUAUGAAGGCUACAAGCGGGGAAAGCCCUCUUUGACAGAUUCAGGCAGACACCGAGGAGGAAAAUAGAAAAACGCGGGUACAGUAUGUGUCGAAAUGGGCGUUGCUGGCUGCUGUAUUCGCACCCUGCCUCCUCGUCGUCCCCCUCCUCCUCGUCGUCGUGGAUGGAUGUUUUUCUGUCCCGGCUGAUGCGACACGCCAGCUUCCAACGGCUACCCUGAUCUGGUCGGAAAGAGCCACGAUGAGCGGAGGGUAGAAACACAGGAGGAUGUUGUGAAGAGUCGGAAAAACGACGGAAAAAAAAUAAGAGAGGGACAAAAAAACAGAGAA